GGAAAUAAUAAUUGCUCAGCCUUUUUUUACAUUUGCUUCAGUGCGCUGCUACUUUUCUUCUGUGUAUCUUUGUUGCUAGAUAAGAUCAGAAGCAAAAUGAGUGUGAGCUUGGAAGGAGAGAAGGUGAUACUUGUACCUUACAUGAAAGAACACGUACCGAAGUACCACCAGUGGAUGCUGGAUCCGGUGCUUCUUGAGGCCACUGCGUCCGAGUCUCUGACCCUUGAACAAGAGUAUCAAAUGCACCUCUCCUGGACCCAAGACCCCCACAAGAAAACUUUCAUUCUUUUGGAUAAGGAUUUGGUAGAGGGAAAGUUUGAUCAUGGAGAUCCCCAUGUAGAAGCAAUGGUUGGUGAUGUAAAUAUUUACAUGAAUGACUUGGAUAAUCCUCAAUUGGCGGAGGUGGAGAUAAUGAUAGCUGAACCCAAAAGCCGUGGUAAGGGACUUGCAAAGGAAUCUGUCUUGACGAUGAUGGCCUAUGCAGUUGAGAAUUUUGGUAUCAAUGUCUUCCGUGCUAAGAUUGGAGAAUCGAAUGGGCCAUCUCUAAGUUUGUUCCAAAAACUGGGCUUUGAAGAAGUCUCCUAUAGUGAAAUCUUCAAAGAGGUGACGUUGGAGUUGCCAGUGACAAAGCCAAAGCUGGAGGAGCUUCUGCAAUUGAUUGGUUCUGUGGUUCGACAUACAUAGCCCUGUAGGACCUAUUGAAUUUACUUUAUCUGUAAAAGAAUCUCCUCCAAAGUUGCUUUGUGUUUGCGAUGAUAAACAGAGGCUGUUUAGACUUGUAUGGCAUACCUGACACUGUCCUUUUUAAAUCCUCUGUCUUAUUCUUUCAGCUGGUAAGAUAGCCCUUCAUUUUAAGGAAUAUAAUUUACAAGUUGUUUGAAUAACUGAUGAAGAAAAAUUAGUCUUGCUUCUUAA